AUGGCUGCUCCAAGAGCGCCUAAGCGCACAUUAGAGGAGGAGGAGGACGACGAGGCUUUAUUCACCUCCGCCCCAGUGGUGGACCGGUCGUCAACCUUCGUCGCGCAUUUCCAUCCACACAUAUUCACUUCAUCGAGGGCUGCCGGUGCCACCACCUCGUCGACGUCGCUGACAUCGAUGAUCAAAUCUCUCCAAGCACACCCGGCCUUUGCGACCGCGGACCAUCGCAUGGCGGCGUGGCGCCGGCCGUCUGGACAGCGCACGCUCGUGCUCGGAACGGCGACGACAACCACCACCAACUCCAACCGAGUCAUCUACACGACGGGAUCGGAUGACGACGGCGAGAAAUACGCCGGCAAACGCCUCGAGCGGGUUCUCGACGACCUCAAUGUCCAAGGCGCGCUGGUCGUGGCGCGCUGGUACGGUGGCAUCAUGCUGGGCCCGGUGCGGUUCACGCACAUGGAGAACGUGGCCAAAGAAGCCAUUGCCAAGUGGAAAUCCCAAACCCAAGCCCAAGCACCGUGGGGCACUACUGGUACCACUAGUACUGCCUUGAGUAUCUCGCACAACGACCGGGCGGACAAGCGCCAGAAGGCGGCUGGUGCCGAAGGAACAGGGAUUGUGCAACAGCAACAGCAAAAUGAGGCGGAGCGCUUACGACUCGCAAAGCAGCUGCUCGACCGGGACAACAGCAUCGUCGUCCUGCGCGGGCUGCUUGCCGAGAAGACUGCGGCGGCCUCGGCCUCGACAUCAAAACAAGACGCCCCUCUCCCUCUUGAUCAGAGUCAAUCACAGAAGACAGAAACGGCGUCGAGCCCGGCGAAGAAGGUGAUCGACUAUACAGAAAUGCCGCUCCAGAGACUUCGGCAACUGGACAAGGCGCGUGAUGCCACACUAGCGUUCAUCUUGAAGCAGCUGGACAAGGCGGAUCAAGAGGAGAAGGAGAGGGAGAGAGUGAAGUUGCGAACCACCACAUUAACGACAGGCACUGACACGUACACGAACACGAACACGAACACGGACGGUGGCAAAGUCGACAGUCGACAAGCAGGCCAAGGGCUUAUCCCAGCCGAUCAGACAGCCCAGGAUGAUGAGGGGACGAGUUCGCCAGCUGAGAACGAGGCUGCCGAUCCAUUUCCAAUUCCAAUUCCAAUAGCCCAUGGGACUGAAGAACAACAUCAACAGGCCGAUGAAACAGACGACAUGGCGCACAGCGAGGAGAGUACGCGGCAGCAAGACGCAGCAGUGACGGGAAACAAUGGCAAUGGCAAUAUGGAACACGUCCUCCAAGUCGUCGAGGCUCAACAGGACGGUCAACAGGAUGGAGACGGAUGA